UCUGACCAUUGACCCGGAAGUUGCUCUGCGGCAACAGGCUUCGCCACACGUGGAUUUCAGUGGAAGAAGAAGUUGUUCUCUGAGAACUUUGAGAUUUCUUUCGACAUUAAACAGACUUCGACAUUUUUUUUUCAUUCCUGAGGUUUAAAACCAGUUUUUUGUCGACAUGUUUCUGCAGUAUUACCUGAACGAGAACGGAGACAGAGUCUACACUCUGAAGAAGGUGAAUCCUGAGGGGCAGCCCACCAGCUCCGCCCACCCGGCUCGAUUCUCGCCAGACGACAAGUUCUCCCGACACCGAGUGAUGCUGAAGAAACGCUUCAACAUCCUGCUCACCCAGCAGCCCAGACCGGUGCUGUGAGAGACGAGGAAGAUGAUGAUGAUGAUGGAUGGAUGGAGGUGAAGAUGGAGCCCCACUGGAAACUCCUGGCCCAGACUUUAGGGACUGUUCAUACCUUGGAUCAGCUGUAACUUGGAUGUCAUGGAUCUUGUUCACAUUCUCUUGAGGGUAUUGCUGUGUUUUUUAAUGCUGAACUGAUUUUUAUUUUGUCAAUCGUUUGUAACUUGUGCUUCGGCAUACAGCAUCCAGACUUGGUUACAGGAAAAACGAUGAAUAAACGAGUGUGAAAGUCAUCAAAUGCAGACAUUCAUAUACAAGAUAGAUGAGUUCAAUGAGUGGCUUAAGUGCAAAUCAUUUCAUUCUUGUGCUCUUUGCUUUAGUGUUGCUUCAACUGAUCACUGAUUUUGGAUGUACAUGAAGGAUAAUUCUCUCUAGGAAAACUUGAUUUAGUUUCUUUCUUGCUAUAUCAUAAUCCUGAUAUGUCAAAUUAUCCAAAACUUCACAAAAUAACAAUAGAUUUGAGAAAUAAUGACUUUAAGGGCAUGCAUCAUACUACAACCAUUAAGUUCAUUAAAUGAGUGAGAGAGGAGAAAGCAAAAAGAAAAUGUCAUUUAUCUGAUAUAAAACUGCAUUCAGUUUUUUGGACUUUUGCAUUUUAAGGUCUCUGAUAGGUUGUUUUUUUUGUCAAACUAGUGCAAAAGUUGUAGAAGCAGUGGUGAAAUUGUACACAGGUUAUGAUUUCCUGUUUGAAUUGUAAUUUUUUACCCUGUAAAGUAACUACAGCUGUCUGGUAUGGAUAAAGGGGGGUCAAAGAAUUACUCCCCCAAUAAAACAAACAAAAAUGAA